AUGGCGACCAUGAUCCCAGCCAUCUUCUCCGAACUCUACACCGUCGCCCUCUUCUUCUCCAGCCUCCUCCUCCUCAAAUUCCGGGUCCUCCUCCGCUCCUUACCCGGGUCGGACCAGCCCACGCCCCGAUCUGACCAGAAUCGAGUAAAGUCAAUCGAAGCCAAGUUCCCAUUCCCGGCGGCCCCCUACUACCCGGACCUGAAAUCAGCGGCGGAAUGCGCGGUGUGCCUCUCUGACUUUCGCAAAGGGGAAAGCGUCAGGAAGCUGGACUACAACCACGUGUGCCACCGCGACUGCCUCGACAGAUGGCUGACGUCGCCGACGGGUUUGGCAGGGUCGUUUUUCCCUCUUUGCGGAACCCAGAUGGCCCUGCUGGCGCCGGAGGAAGGGACGGGGACGGCCGCGGCGGACGACUGCGGUGGCGGUGAAUGGGGCCGUCGGGAGAUGUUGGCCUUACUGGUAACAAUGUUUCAUAUUAGAAAACCCUAA